GAGGCAAAGAGCAACAGUGCCUCUUCUCAUGAAUGGAUUUUUUUUUUUUUUGUCUUUGCAGGUUUAGCUUCACAAGAUGGACCUAAGGGUAACAAGCCUUGUCCUUGUCCUCCUAGCUUUGGCAGAGGCAACCCCUGAGAGGUACUACCAUGUGCCAAAAGUGAGCAAGACUCCCUACCCCGUCAAGAGUCAUGCUGUUGCAGGCGAGCCAGGUGCUCAAGGUCCUCCAGGUGAACCAGGACCAAUGGGACCUCCUGGACCUCCUGGAAAAAGUGGUGUAGGACAUACUGGACCAGUUGGCCCUCCAGGACCUGCUGGACCCCCUGGCUACACCCAUGCAGGUAAACCUGGUACUCCCGGUGGCCCUGGAAAGCCAGGAGCUCCUGGCAUUCCUGGUGAGAGAGGUGCACCUGGCGCAACUGGAGCAAUGGGUCCCAGAGGUGCCCCUGGUGCACAUGGAGCCCCUGGACCUGCCGGGCUUUCUUCUGUUGGAAAACCUGGACCAUCUGGAAUCCCUGGGGCAAUGGGACCAAGAGGAGAGCCCGGUUUGAAGGGACAUCCUGGUGUUCCUGGUAUUCCUGGUCUCAAAGGAGAGAGGGGAAUUGGAGUUCCUGGGGUUCAAGGACCACCAGGCGCAGUUGGACCAAUGGGCCCAUCUGGUAUGCCAGGCAAGCCUGGAGUUGGUAAACCUGGUGCCACUGGUUAUCCUGGAGAGCCCGGCAAGUCUGGCAUGCCAGGAAGAGAUGGUGCUCCAGGUGGAAUGGGUCCAACAGGUCCAAAAGGUCACACUGGUGCUCCAGGCACUGGAGCACCUGGAAAACCAGGUCAGAAUGGUACCCCAGGUAUGCCUGGACCUAUGGGGGCUAAAGGUCCACAGGGUCCUGCCGGUCAGCCAGGCUCCCCUGGCAUGCCAGGAGUUGGCAAAACAGGUGAACCUGGAAUACCAGGUGGCAGAGGAUCUCCCGGUACUCCAGGAACCACUGGUCAGAAGGGAGAACCAGGCCCAACUGGAUUUACUGGUCAGCCAGGUGCUCCUGGUCCUAUUGGCCCAGCUGGUCCACAGGGGGCAAGAGGAUUCCAGGGUGAGGGAGGCCCAGUAGGACCCAAAGGCGACAUUGGUAUGGUAGGAGCACCAGGCCCAAGAGGAACCAAAGGUGAACAGGGAGCUCAGGGUUUCACUGGAAAACCAGGUACCCCAGGGGCAGUAGGUCCUGCAGGACUUCCAGGUCAUCAUGGUGCUCAAGGUCCAAAGGGUUCUCAAGGCCAUGGUGGUGCCCCAGGACUCCCAGGCUCAAAUGGUGCCCCAGGACCUAAAGGACACACAGGCCCCCCAGGAGCUCCAGGAAAAAGUGGUGAGAAUGGAAGGCCAGGACCCAUGGGACCAGUUGGGCCCUCUGGUCCAUCAGGUCCGGCUGGACUCAAGGGCCAUCCAGGUCUUCCAGGUCCACCAGGUCCAGCUGGCAUGACAUCUAAGGGAAUUUCUGGUCCUCAGGGUCCCCCUGGAAUUCCAGGUGCCAGAGGUCAUGAUGGUAUUCCAGGCCCUGCUGGUCCUCCUGGUCCACCUGGUCCACCAGGAGAGCUCAUCUACCACCAUGAGAAGAGCAUGCCAAUCAAAUCCCACGAGGUUCUGAUGUCUCAUGAGAUGAUGAAGGCUCCUAUGUCUGCCUUUAGUGCUGUGCUGACCACAGCCUACCCUCCAGCUGCGACCCCUAUUGUGUUCAACCAGAUUCUGUACAAUGGUGAGAACCAUUAUGACAGCCAUAGUGGUGUGUUUUCCUGCCAGGUCCCAGGCCUCUACUAUUUUAGCUAUCAUAUGCAUGUCAAUGGUGCCAAUGCAUUGGUGGCCCUCUACAAAAAUGAGGAGCCAGUUCUUUUCACCUAUGAUGAGUACAACAAGGGCUUCCUGGAUCAGAUGUCAGGCAGUGCUGUUCUUAUGCUGCAAGCAGGUGACAGAGUCUAUGUUCAGGUCCCUGAUGAGGAGAGUAAUGGUAUAUUUGCUGCGGAUAAUGUUCAUUGCUCUUUCUCUGGUUUCUUGAUUGCCUCAACGUGAUUUCACAAAUAGACCUCAAAACCUUACAAAACAUUGAACUACUCAGAGGAACAGAUCAGUUUACAAAAUUUAAAAUUGAGAUUGUAGAUUAAGGAAAAAUAUGGUUGUAAGUUUUACAAGUUUAACUGCCUCAUUCAAAUCUUUAAAGGUCUUCAAUUUGCUAAGAAAUUACAUGGCCAACAGAGGUAUUCAAGCUGACAAAAUUUUAUGAGUCAAAUUCAUCCCUUUCCCCAAUUCACCUUGUGUGUGCCUUUGCAAUUUUAAGAAACAUGAAACAAUAUUGGAAGAUUUCUUCAGUGGUGCUCUACAACUGCCUGUAACAUUUACAGCACGUCUUUUAUUUGUGUUUGUUUUUAUUAAUGUCUGUUUUUUAAGAAUUUUCCUGUAAUAUACAUACCAAAGACACACAAAACUGUUGUACUAUAUGUUAUUAGAGAUCAGCACAUUCUCACAAGCACUGUGACCAGCAAAACAGCAUAGGUUGAGAAAAUCAAACUGCAUUUUUUUUCAAAACAACUAUGUCCCAUUGGAUAUGUUAAGUUAUGUACCACUUACUGACCAAAACACAGAAUAAAAGUUCUACUUUGAAAACGAAAAA